CCUUUGCAUCUGCCCAUAAAAAUCAAUCACUAGUCAACCCGGCGCCACCAUACCACUAUCACUACCUACUUUCUACUCUCUUAUACCAAUCCUCUCUCUCUCUCUCCGACAAAGAUUCAACAUCACCAACCUGUAAAUUUAAGCACAAGCCAUUGUAACAAAACACAAACUUCCUAAACACUGGUCCCUCUUGAAUUACAACAACAAAGAAGAAAGAAAGUAUGGGAAUACUAUACGAUGAUGUAGUUAUUAUGAGACCACCAGAGAAAGAAGGUGACCCAACAGUCAUUACCGUAAAUUGUCCUGACAAAACUGGUCUUGGUUGUGACUUGUGUCGUAUCAUACUCUUUUUUGGUCUUAACAUUGUUAGAGGAGACGUGUCAACUGAUGGAAAGUGGUGUUACAUAGUUUUUUGGGUGGUUGGGAAACAGAAGACAAGGUGGAGUUUGUUGAAGAAGAGGAUGGUUGAAGCAUGUCCUACUUGCUCCUCAGCUUCUGGAAUAUCAUAUUAUCGCACUGAUUUGCAGCCACCUAAGGUUCCUGAUGUUUUCCUUUUGAAAUUUUGCUGUCAUGAUCGAAAAGGACUAUUACACGAUGUUACAGCUGUUCUUUGUGAGCUAGAGCUUAUUAUUACCAAAGUUAAGGUUUCCACUACACCUGAUGGCAAAGUCAUGGAUCUGUUUUUCAUCACAGAUACCAGGGAACUUCUUCAAACAAAGAAGAGAAAGGACGAUACAAUCCAACAAUUAAAAGAUGUUUUGGAGGAUUCCGUCCUUACUAUCGACAUUGAAUUGGUUGGCCCGGAGAUUACUGCUUGCGCCCAGGCAUCUUCAUUCCUUCCAGCUGCAAUCACAGAAGACAAUUAUAAUUUGAUGUUGCCUGAUUCGGCUCGGAGUGGAACUCUCCGAUCAGAUUACGUUUCUAUUACGAUGGACAACUUGCUUAGUCCGGCUCAUACCCUCUUCCAAAUCAUGUGCCAAGACCACAAAGGUCUUCUAUAUGACAUCAUGAGAACUCUGAAGGACUACAACAUUAAGAUUUCAUUCGGGCGUUUCACCACAAAACCUCGACGAAAAUGUGAGAUGGACUUGUUCAUCAUGCAAGCAGAUGGCAAAAAAAUAGUUGACCCUAACAAGCAAAAUUCUUUAGCGUCGCGCUUUAGAAUGGAACUACUUCGUCCACUCAGAGUAGCUAUUGUGAGCAGAGGCCCUGAUACCGAGCUUCUGGUUGCAAACCCUGUCGAGUUGUCUGGCAACGGACGGCCUCUAGUUUUUUAUGAUAUUACUCUUGCUCUCAAAAUGCUCGAUGUUUGCAUAUUUUCGGCUGAAAUCGGGAGACACGUGAUUGAAGACCGUGAGUGGGAGGUUUAUAGAAUCUUACUCGACGAAGGGGAGGGGAUGUCUGUUCCAAGGAACAAGAUUGAGGAGGGAGUUUGGAAGAUGCUGAUGGGUUGGGACUAAUCCAUUUCACCUUUUGGAUGAACUUCUGCUCAUGUACAGUUAAUGAUAUCAUUUAGUUUAUUAGAAGUAAUUGUGAAAUAUAUGGUAUGCAAAUUAUAAUCUUUGCCACGUUAUAUGUUUUUAUACCUUUUGUAAUUCUAACUUAAUGUAUAUAAUUUAGAAGGCACUAGCAAGUAGAUGAAAGUGAAGUGAAUGUUGUAAAGUGGUAAAUCUAUUCACUUCUUUCAUGUUCUGGUGGUAAUUACAAUAAUCGAUGUUAAAUAAAUAAAAUGGAAAAUGAAGAUAAAA